AUGGCCCGUGUCUUCGUAUAUGGAACUCUGAAGAGGGGGCAACCGAAUCACUUCCGCAUGUUGGACAAGAGCAUUGGAGAGGCACAUUUGCUUGCCUCUGCCGUCACAACAGAGAAGUUUCCUCUAGUGAUCGCUGGCGAAUACAACAUUCCCUUUCUCCUCAACCUUCCAAGUCUGGGUCACAGGGUUCACGGCGAGAUCUACAGAGUGGAUGAGCAAUUGCUGAAUUUCCUGGAUGACUUUGAAGACACACCUACCAUGUAUCAGCGGACUCUGGUGAAGCUUACAGUGGAAGAGUGGCUGGGGCAGGUCAAAGACGAGGAGAGGUCCGCAGCAGGGGACGUCACCGAGGCCUUUGUGUACAGCACGACCACAUAUCGGCCGGAAUGGGUCUCACUGCCUCACUAUGAGAGCUAUGACUCCUGUGGUUCUCAUGGGCUUGAAUAUGUACGAUACCGUGAAACCUGACAGAUGCCGUUUGAUCCAUCAUGGUACGGGGUGCUCUAUUACAAUGUUUUCUAA